AUGCGGCAAGUUUGCCUAACGAUUAAUUCUAUGAGCAAGUUUUUACAGUCAUGGCAGUACGGUGUGUUCCGGCAUCGUCGGGAUGAGAUACAGGAAGUGCAACAGAGAUUACAUGCCCUGCUUAGUGCUCCUUUCUUUGUGACACAGGUUGAGGAGAAGAUAGUGUUAACUGCUCGCUUCCAUGAACUGCAGACCCUAGAAGAUACUGGAGACCCUAGAAGAUACUGGAGACAAAGAAGCAAGGUGGAUUGGUUAAGAGAUGGAGACCGGGACACUGCAUAUUUUCAUCAUCGGGCAUCUAAUCGAAGGCACUACAAUGCAAUUACUGGGCUGCAUAAUGAAGAUGGUCAGUGGGUUACUAGUUCUUACGAACUCGAAUGA